AUGUCCGAGGAGAGAAAACUGCUGCAAAAGAGGCUCAGGCCGCUCUACGAGAGUAUCCUCACGCUCAAGGAGCCCAGCGGACUCGAGAUCUACCCGAUCUUCCAGGUGCUCCCAGGCAGAAAGGACUACCCAGACUACUACGGCGUUAUCAAACACCCAAUGUCCCUGAGCACCGUCAAGAAGCGUCUCAACAACAACUACCGAGACCCACAAGAGUUUGUCAACGACCUUGCGCAAAUCACCUGGAACGCGCGUACCUAUAACGCCAAACAGUCCGACAUCUACAACUACGCUGAGAUCAUGGACGCGUUCAUCAACGACACCAUCAUCGACAAACUUCAGAAAUUUUAUCCGGGCGUUGUCUAUCCCGAUUUGGGCCCUCUUCCAGACGACGCUGAUGCUUCAUCCCGCAGCAAGGCUGCCGCGCGCGCUGUCCACGCCUCGCCCGCAGCGCCAGCACAACCCGCCGUCAACGUCAAAGUCGGCGUCACCGAGCCUGCACUGCUCAAGUCUGAGCCCGCCAACGACAACAGCGUUUCUACGCCUGGUGAAGCGGACGCCGACGAGGAAGAAGACGAAUACGAAGAACAGCCCCAAGACGAAGAUGAAGACGAGGACUACGUUGAGCAGAAGAAAGUUCUGCCUAAAAUCCGUAUCCCGGCUAUGACCCAGUCCCCCGCACCUCAGCAGCCCGCGUCCCAGUCCAUGACGCCCACGCCUCUUUAUCACAGACACCAGCAGCAAAAGACCCACAUGCGUAGAGGAAGACCUCCUGUGAUCGACCUUCCCUACGAACAACGUAUCAAAAACGUCCUCAAGGCUCUCAAGAAAGACGUCAAUGACCGCAACGAACCCAUCACCGCGGCUCUCGACAGACUCCCCGACGAAGAGCGCGAGCCGCAGUACUACAACAUGGUAUCAAAUCCCAUUUCCAUCGACGAAAUUCGCAAGAAAGUUAAACAAAGAAAAUACAAAAACUUUCAGUCGUUCCAGCAAGAUUUUAAGCUCUCCAUCGCCAACUUCCAACUCUACCAUCGUUCUCAGUCCACUGACAUGAGGCGUGCUGCGGAUCUCGAGCGUCGUUUUAACGACCUUUGCAAAUACGAGCUGUCUAGGCCCGACGAAGACUUCAUGACCGACGGAGAACUCAAGUAUCCCUUAAAUCAGGUCGAUCACAACGGCGUGUCGUAUAAGAUCGGUGACUGGAUCCUGAUCAACAACCCGAACGACACUACAAAGCCCACAAUUGCACAGAUUUUCAGACUCUGGUAUACUUCGGAUGGCAGAAGAUGGCUCAAUGCGUGUUGGUACCUGAGACCGGAGCAAACAGUGCACAGAUAUGACCGGAUAUUUUAUAAAAAUGAGGUGGUCAAGUCAGGCCAGUAUAGAGAUCAUCUUGUUGAAGAGAUCGUUGGCAAGUGCUACGUUUGCCAUUUUACUAGAUAUCAGCGUGGGGACCCAGACGUUGAAAUUGAAGGUCCACUUUUUGUUUGUGAGUUUAGAUACAACGAAAGUGAAAAAGUUUUCAACAAGAUCAGAACCUGGAAGGGAUGUUUGCCUGAAGAAGUUCGUGACGUCGAAGAAUCGACGAUUCCCGUCAUGGGUAGGAAGUUCUUUAAAUAUGACUCCCCCAUCAAGCAUCUUUUGCCACCAGAUGCCACUGUAACGGACCCCAUUCCUGCGCCAACUGAGGGUGCUGUCAAUGCUCCGCCUUUGGUGGGUGCGGUGUAUCUGCGGCCCAAAGUCAAAAAAGACGAUCUUGGUGAAUAUUCUACGUCGGACGAUUGUCCACGGUACAUCAUCAGGCCCGGUGAUAUACCUGAGCCCGGAAACAUCAAUUCCGACACGGGGACUAUGGUGGUUAGCUCCCAGGCUUCGAACAAUUUACCAAAACUGAACGCAUCCACCACUCGUCUGACGUCGCUUAAUAAGAGUAGGAGCGCCACAGGCCUCUCUGGUAUACGCCAUUCGACGACAGCUAGCUACAAUCCGCCUGCUAUGAAAACGGCCCAACUUUUAUCUUCAGGCCCCGUUGGGACUCCGUCACCACCUCCGCCGGAACACAACGCCCCAAUCACGGCCCAGCAGCCUAUAACGCAAAUAUCCAAGGCGUCGACUUCGAGUAUAAGGCAACCCGCGUUCAACCCCCCUACAAUAAUCAGCUCCAUCGCUGCGCAAGCACGCACCAAUCCCUCGGUUGUCGGCACAAUCGUCACCGACACCCCAGGCGCCUUCGUACUGCCAAUUUCUAUCACCAAAAACAUCGAAGUGUUACAGCGCUCCGACCACAACAGUCAGCUCAGACGCCAGGGCAAGGAUCAAAUGUUCAAGAAGCGUAAAAAUAGGGGUGAGAUUAUAUGGUUCAAAGGUCCAAGUGUCGCCAUUAGCGAACGUCUCAUAAAUUCCAGGAACGAGUUCACAGAUUUGUCUCUGAACAGAUGGUUCAAAAAGCGGAAGUUGGAUUACGAAGAAGUGGACGCCGAAGAUAAUGACUACAAUAAUAACGACGACCAGGACUACGAAGAAGGCGAAGAUUCCGAAGAUGACGAAUUUUCCGUUCCGGGCACAUUCCCACUCGGGCUAAGACCUUCGGCUUCUUAUAUGGCCUUCAAAAUACAACAACAGUCCGAAGUUUACCGAAGCUAA